UGAGGCCGCGCGGGGCGCGCUCGGUGGCUCCGGCAGGACCCGCGCCGCGGCGCCGCAGCCAUGGCCACCAAGAUCGACAAGGAGGCUUGCCGCGCGGCGUACAACCUGGUGCGGGACGACGGCUCGGCGGUCAUCUGGGUGACGUUCAGGUACGACGGCUGCACCAUCGUCCCCGGCGAGCAGGGAGCCGAGUACGAGCGCUUCGUCCAGCAGUGCACAGAUGACGUGCGGUUGUUUGCCUUCGUGCGCUUCACCACCGGGGACGCCAUGAGCAAGAGGUCCAAGUUUGCCCUCAUCACGUGGAUCGGCGAGAACGUCAGCGGACUACAGCGGGCCAAGACGGGCACGGACAAGACGCUGGUGAAGGAGGUGGUCCAGAAUUUUGCUAAAGAGUUCGUGAUCAGCGACCGGAAGGAGCUGGAGGAGGAGUUCAUCAGGAGCGAGCUGAAGAAGGCGGGCGGCGCCAACUACGACGCCCAGGCCGAGUAGCCCCAGCCCCGCCGCGCCCCUUGCCAAAGCCAGCUGCCGCUCCCCGGGCGAGGGUACCGCCGGCCUCAGCUCCCAGCCCAGCAGCCCACCAGGGAGAGGAGAGGCGGCGAGAGGCCGCGCCCGCCGCCCCAUGUCUGCACCCCUAUGCCCCGCCUGCCCCAUGAGCUCAUGCAUCUUUCUCUGGUCACCUUUUUCUUUCCCCCUCUCUCUUCUGUUCUGAAGAAACAUCCCUUUGAUGCCAGGGUCAUGGCCAUCAUCAGAUGCCAGGUGCCUUCUCUGGGGACCCCUCUCCCUGGCAUUUCUCUUAAUCACCACGUGGCCCGAGCCCCGCCCUCCCACCUCCCAUGGCUUCUGGGGCCUGGGCCAUGGCCGCCAUCUUGAUUGUCCCUGUGCCGGGCUGUGCCCACCAACUGCAGCCUUCGCGCACACACACACACACACACGUUUGUCCCACCGGUCGCGCUCAGCCCUCCCAGAGUCCCCUCCCGAGCUGCCUAGGCUCUGUGCGCGGUGGUGAGAAGCUCGGUCUUGCUCAGACCGCAGCAAUGGAGAACAUUUGCCUUAAAACGUGCCUGGCAGUGGCUGUGUCACGAGGGCUGAAGCCACUCGUUGCUUCCACUGAAAUCUCUUGGCGCGAGAGGGACAGAGGUCGGGGUCCAGGCCUGACUGGGGGGCUCCCAGGCCGCCGGCAGGACAGACUCCACGUCAGGCGUGGGAGUCCCAGUAGAACCAGGAGCCGCUUCUGUGCUUUCUGGAAGGUCGGACGUGUGCACGCGGAGAGGCCAGGCCCCUCGCUGGGUGUGCAGCGCAGCCCCGGCCCCGACAGUGGCCGGAAACCUGGGGUUUUAAUCCGGGGUCUGCACCCCAAACUCCAAAGGAUCGCUUUGCUUGUUUUAGAAGAAAGGUGAGAUUGGUUCCUCAUGAGCUCUUUCCUGUUUUCCUUGCUCAUCUCAUUCUGGGGGAGAAAUCUGGACUGUAUUGGGCUUGUGAACAUCUCUGCACUCAACAGUUUACAGAAAUAAAUGGUUUUCGUUUUUC